CGCGCGGGCUUGUCAGUCGGCGCUGGGCAGCGGCAGGGGGUGGAGGCUGCGGCAAGAGCAGUGGCAGCAGCGAAAACGGCGACAAGCGCCGGCGGUGGAGGAGCUGCCGCCGCUGCUGCCGCCGCCGCCCCCUCGCGGCUUCCUUUCUCCCACCCCCGGGCGCGAGCGGCGGCCGCUGCCGCCACCACCGCCACGCUGAGCUCCUCUCGGGGGGCCCCUCCGCCGCAGCGCAGGACCAAAGCUGCUGUCACGCUGAAGCGCCACAGGUAGCCUUCCUUCGGACGGACCUUUCCGGCAUUUGACCAUUUUGCAGUGGAGUAUCGGAAUCGCGCAAAUCUGGGUUUGAAACAAUGAGUUCAGUCGCUGUGUUAACACCCGAGAGCUUUGCUGAGCACCGCAGCGGCCUGAGGGACGAAGAAUCACGAGGUGGUGUCCCAGAAGAUGAGGCCUACAUCCCCACUUACUUGGAAGCUUUCCCGCCGCUCCCAGAAAAGGGGGCUCCGGGGGAAAGAUCCAGUGAGUUCACAGGAGUAUGGAACAAAAUCCGGCCUAUCAAAUCUUCGGUCAUCACCCAGGUGUUUCACGUCCCUCUGGAAGAGCGACGCUACAAGGACAACAGCCAGUUUGGAGAAGGCGACGAGGCCAAAGUCUGCGUGGACAUCAUGCAGAAGACGGGGGCUCAUAUUGAGCUUUCCUUGGCCAAGGACCAGGGCCUGUCCAUCAUGGUGACUGGCAAACUCGACUCUGUGAUGAAAGCACGGAAGGAAAUUGUCGCUCGACUUCAAACCCAGGCUUCAGCUACUGUCACAAUCCCCAAAGAACACCAUCGCUUUGUGAUCGGCAAGAACGGCGAGAAACUGCAGGAGCUCGAGCUCAAGACGGCCACCAAGAUCAACAUCCCGCGGCCCGAGGAUCCCAGCAGCCAGAUUAAGAUCACUGGCACCAAAGAAGGCAUCGAGAAAGCACGUCAUGAGAUCUUGCUCAUCUCAGCAGAGCAGGACAAACGAGCCGUGGAGCGCUUGAACCUGGAGAAGGUCUUCCACCCAUUCAUCGCGGGGGCCUUCAACAAAACGGUCCAGGAAAUCAUGCAGGAGACAGGGGCACGCAUCAAUAUCCCGCCACCCAGCGUCAGCAAAGAUGAGAUCAUCAUUACUGGGGAGAAGGAACCUGUCUCCCAGGCUCUUCUGCGUAUCCGCAAGAUCUACGAGGACAAGAAGCGCAAGACCACCACCAUCUCCGUGGAGGUGAAGAAGUCCCAGCACAAGUACAUCAUCGGCCCAAAAGGAAACACCUUGCAGGAAAUCCUAGACACCACGGGAGUCUCAGUGGAGAUGCCGCCACUUGAAAGCAGCUCGGAGACCAUCAUUCUGCGUGGAGAGCCGGACAAACUGGGGCCAGCCCUAACUCAGGUCUAUGCCAAGGCGAAGAGUGUGAUGGUAGCUGAAGUAAUGGCCCCAGCUUGGUUACAUCGUUUUAUAAUUGGGAAGAAAGGACAGAAUAUUGGCAGAAUUACCCAGCAACUCCCUAAGGUUCACAUUGAAUUCACGGACGGCGAUGAGAAGAUCACUCUGGAAGGACCCACCGAGGAGGUUGAGUUGGCCCAAAGCCAGAUUCAGGAAAUCAUUCGGGACCUGCUCAGACGGAUGGACUACACCGAAGUGCUUAUUGACCAGAGGUUUCAUCGCCAUCUGAUUGGGAAAAACGGAGCCAACAUCAACCGCAUCAAGGAACAGCACAAAGUCUCCGUCCGCAUUCCUCCCGACAGUGAGAAGAGCAACCUAAUCCGGAUCGAGGGAGACCCUCAAGGCGUUCAGCUGGCUAGUAAGGAGCUGCUGGAAAUGGCAGCCCGGAUGGAAAAUGAACGCACCAAGGACCUGAUCAUCGAGCAGCGCUUUCACCGGACAAUCAUUGGGCAAAAGGGCGAGAAAAUCAAGGAAGUCCGGGACAAGUUUCCAGAAGUAAUCAUCAAUUUCCCCGACCCAUCGCAGAAGAGCGACAUUGUACAGUUGCGUGGGCCCAAAAACGAGGUGGAGAAAUGUGCGAAGUACCUACAAAAAGUCAUUGCGGAAUUGAUCGAAAACAGUUUUUCCAUCCCGGUUCCCAUUUUCAAGCAGUUCCACAAGAACAUCAUUGGGAAAGGAGGCGCCAAUAUCAAAAAGAUUCGAGAGGAAACCAAUACCAAGAUUGACCUCCCUACAGAAAACAGCAAUUCCGAAGUGAUCCUGAUCACGGGGAAGAAGGCCAAUUGUGAGGAUGCUCGGGAUCGUAUCUUGGCCAUCCAGAGAGAGCUGGCUAACAUCAGGGAAGUGGAUAUCUCCAUCCCUGCCAAACUGCACAAUUCGUUGAUUGGAGCCAAGGGGCGGCUGGUGCGUUCGAUCAUGGAGGAAUGCGGCGGGGUGCACAUCCAUUUCCCUUCCGAAGGCUCGGGCAGCGAGAAAGUCACCAUCCGAGGGCCCGGCGAAGAGGUGGAAAGAGCGAAGCGCCAGUUGCUGCAUCUCGCUGAGGAAAAGCAAAUCAACAACCACUCAGUGGAGCUGCACGCUAAGCCAGACUACCACAAGUUCCUGAUUGGGCGUGGAGGUGCUAAUAUCCGCAAAGUGAGGGACCGCACCGGUGCCCGAAUCAUCUUCCCCACCCCUGAGGAUAAGGACCAGGAUGUUAUCACCAUUGUGGGGAAGGAGGACGCAGUACGGCAGGCCCAGCAAGAACUGGAGUGUCUCAUCCGUAACUUGGAUAAUGUCAUUGAAGACUCGAUGGUGGUGGAUCCCAAGUACCACCGCCAUUUUGUGGCCCGUCGGGGACACGUGCUGCGGGAGAUUGCAGAAGAGUACGGUGGGGUCACUGUGAGUUUCCCCCGGACAGGUGUCCAGAGUGAUCGCGUGACGCUCAAGGGAGCCAAGGAUUGCGUGGAGGCGGCCAAGAGGCGCAUCCUGGAGAUCAUCGGUGACUUGGAGGCUCAGGUGAUCCUGGAAUGCGUCAUCCCUCAGCGGUACCAUCGGGUCGUCAUGGGGGCGAAAGGUUACAAGGUGCAACAGAUCACUCGGGAUCACGAUGUCCUCGUCAAGUUCCCGGAGCGAGACGACAAUUCAGGUUCAGAAGCACAGUCUCAGGAAAAUGGCGACGUGAUGCCCGAACUGGACACAAGUCCUCGCAAAUGUGACAUCAUCCUCAUUUCCGGACGCAAAGAGAAGUGCAAGGCUGCCCGGGCAGCUCUGCUGGCUCUGGUACCCAUCACCAUGGAUGUUGACGUUCCUUUUGAUCUGCAUCGCUACAUCAUUCGGCAAAAGGGAGCGGGCAUUCGCAAGAUGAUGGAAGAAUACGAGGUGGCCAUCUCAGUGCCGCAGCCUGAGCAGCAGUCAGAUAUCAUCAAAGUCACCGGCCUGGUGGCCAAUGUCAAACGAGCCAAGGCCGGUCUCCUGGACAGAGUCAGAGAGCUGCAGGCUGAGCAAGAAGAUCGGGCCCUGCGAGGGUUCAAGCUGACGGUGAGCGUGGAGCCUAAGUACCACCCCAAGAUCAUCGGCAAAAAAGGAGCGGUCAUUUCCCAGAUCCGUAAGGACCACGACGUCACUGUCCAGUUCCCCGACAAAGGGGACGAGCAUCAGGAUCUUAUCACAAUCACCGGCUACGAGAAAAACACCGAGGCUGCCCGAGACGCCAUCUUGAAAAUUGUCGCCAACCUCGAGGAGAUGGUCAGUGAAGACAUCCGCCUGGAUCACCGAGUCCACGCCCGCAUCAUCGGUGGGAGAGGCAAAGCCAUCCGCAAACUCAUGGAAGAAUUCCGGGUGGAUAUCCGCUUUCCGCAGCCGGGUGCCAGCGACCCAGAUAGAGUCACGGUGACGGGGCUGCCUGAAAACGUGGAUGAUGCCAUCGACCACAUGCUUAACCUGGAAGAGGAAUAUAUGAUGGAUGUGGUGGAAACGGAAACCAUGGCUGCUUACAUGAAGCCCCCCUCCCGCUUGGAAGAGGAGCCUCGGGGCCCCGCCAAGGGCUUUGUAGUGCGUGACGCCCCCUGGAAUGCAUCGGGCAACAAGGCCCCGGACGUGAGCAGUGCCGAAGAGUUCCCCAUUUUCGGCACCGGCAUGGUCCCUAAGCAGGCGUCGGUUUGGGGCCCUAAGAAGUUUUGAGGUUCAGGCACCGCCACGGCUGGCUUGCCAGGCAAGGCCUCGUGGCUGUGGCGGGAAGAGGGGGGAGCGCUCCGUGGCACCAUCAGCUCCCUGCCGCCAGCCGCCUCUCUUGCUCUCCGAGACUCCCUCGCUCGUCCUCGUCGCCUGCACUCCUCCUCUCCGUGACUCUGUGCAAAACCAUUAACCGAUCUAAAAAAAGCCAUAGCCUCUUCC